AUGUCAUUCAUCCUUCAUUCAGACCCGCCAAAGCCGCCGGUGUUUCACAAACUAACACCGAGCCUUCGCAACAUCCAAGUGGAAUGGCUUUCUCCGGGUUCCAGACGUCCAGACGCUCCAAUUACGUGGUUCCAUCUUGAUUGGACUAACGAGUACACGGGUUUAGGUGACUCUGUCCGACUCCCUGCUGAUCGGCGAACCUACUACCUGUCAAAUUUGACAUGUGCUACUACAGUUCGAUUUCAAAUGCGCGCUGAGAAUCAAUUUGGAUUGAGUGCUCCUACGGAACCGAUUUCGGCUAGCACCGAAGGCUCUGAGGAAUUCGAUUCUACUUUCAGGAUUUUAAAUGCUCACAACUUCCUCUUUUCUUCCGGUUUUACAGCUCCACUUUUCGUCGGUGAAACGGACAUGGUGCCAGCUGAAUUGCGUUUGCAAAAUUGUGUCACCUUCAACUUUUCCGUCUUCGCUCCCGGUAACAACUGCUCUCCCAGUGUUUACCGAUUCCGAGUCUGGCCAGCUGCUGACGGUUCUGACGCCGAUCCCUCCUCGCCGUCUGUACUUACUGGAGCUUCGUCGUCCUCUGGGGGUAAUUCUGCUGUCUCCACUGCUUCUGCUACACCAGGCGCCUUUUCAACCCUCCAUUUCAACCUCACCCUGACAAAACGCGAUCUCUUCAGUCUGGACAACAAGUCCUGGAAUCGACGAUGUUGCUACAACCUGAGCGGUCUCCAUCCUGGGUCAUACUACCAAUAUCACGUCGUGGCUGAGAAUCCUGCUGGAAAGACACCACAUUUUGGAUAUUUUUGGACGCGAACUGUUGGUGGAAUUCAACCUCGGGAAGGUGCUAGCACUCGUUUUGGUCGAACUAGUUUUCUCAGCCAACCAACCAUCAUCGUUCCAUUGACAAUCUUCUUUGUUGUGCUCUUUGUUGCUUUCGUCUGCCUUUUCUUCUACUGUCGACAUCGACGACUGGAAGCGGAAUUGAAUCCCACGACAAAACCAACGGUCGGGAGACCGAUUCUUAAUGCUGAUCUUGCAACAGAGCAUCCACAUCUUCAACAGCAACAACAGCGUAUCCAAAAAAUGCAACAUCCAGCUUUUCAGACUGCAACUGGUAGAAGACACCGUGGAACCCUGCCACCGAUUCCGGUAAAUGAGGACAAGACGGAGUAUCAUCCAGAAGGGAAAGUGAGGACAGGAGGAGGAUUUCUUGGUGCCCUCGCAGGCGUUUCAUUCCCUCUCAACAGAGACAAUUUUUCAUCCAUUUCCAGUCGCUUGGGUCGAAGUUCCAGACUUUACGAUCGAGGUAGAGCAGGAACUAUCCUUCCCUCACAAGUCAUCCCUCCUUCAAGUGCUAUUGAACCAGAUCGCUUGUCAACUAGUUCAAUGGAUAGUACUGGCAAUCUCAACCCUUAUGCGACCUAUGCAGCUGGUGGAAUUGAGGAGGAGGUUUCACAACCGGUGGCUUCCAAGUCUUCCACGACUUUACAACCAUCGGCUAGGUCUUUGACUGCUGCUAGAACUCUGGACGUCCCCAUCAGUUCGGCCAACACUGCAGGUGGCUCCACACGGAUGUACAAGACUUUCAAAAAAGGUUUUUUUCUCAAAACAAUCUUAAACAGUUACACCUUCAAUUAA